AUACUGAUAAUACUCAACCUAUUAUGGAGACAAUUUCAGCACAAUCCCUUUGUGAUUAUAUAGAAAACUUAAUCUCCAAUGUUGAAAAUAAUAAUGGAAUUUCAUUUGAAAUUCGUAUCGAUCUUAAUGAUGAUAUUUUUUCAGAAGUUGAGCCUAAUGACCUUAAAUCAAUUGAUACCAUUCACAUACCUAACUUAGACUCACAACAGCAAUCUAGUACUGUUUUUUCUUCUGACAUUGAUUUUGAAAGAGUUGAUCCGGAUCUCUAUCAACAAUGUGAAGCUAAG